CUUUCCGCGUCGCAACCCACGAUUAUCUACCUAGCUGCAGAUACCCACGACGACCAAAGGCGCCCUUUACCACGAGCUCUAUUCGCGCCUUGAUCCUUCGAUAUAAAAUCAGUCUUGACCAAUUCCCCAUCUCUCCUACGCUGGCCGAGCUAGCACCCUCGCAUCGACAAAUAGGACCACUGUGACGGCCUGUCUACGACCCAGUCUCUACUAGGGGAUACCAUCCUCCCAUCCAGUCGCAACCCGAUAGUCCCCAUACGUACCAUAUCCUCCGCUAUCAACGCAGCGCCGACCACUGCUACAAUGGCCUCGCAAACCUCCGACCCGCAAACAAACGGCGUGCCCGCCUCCUCGGCAGGAGCCUCCGCCUCCCAGACGGUCCCCAACACCCAAGCUACCGCAGCGACAUCAACAGCAGGAUCGCAGCCCCCCUCUCAGAGCCAACCGACCCAAUCCUCGUCUACGCAACAACCUUCACAACAGCAACAGCAACCACAGCAGCAGAACAACUCACAACAGCAGCAGCAGCAAUCAGCACCCCUCAACCCCAAUGCCUCGGCCCCGCGUCCCCGCGACGCCCGCAUGAUCGAGCUCCUUCUCACUUCUCAAGGCGUCACGUCCUACGAAUCGCGCGUGCCCCUUCUCCUUCUCGACUUCGCCUACCGGCACACCUCGAGCAUCCUCUCCGACGCCAUCUACCUCUCAGCGGACCCCUACACCUCGCAGGCUGGCUCCAAGGCGUCCGCCUCGGGCGCCGCCGCCGGCUCGAUUCCAGGCGCGGCAGGCGACGCCGCUGUCAGUGCGAAUGCCGUCAAGCUCGCCAUCGCUGCGCGGCUCGGCUACCAGUUCCGCGGAGGCGGCGGUGCGGGCGGCGUGUCUAAGGACUGGCUACAGGAGCUCGCGCGCGAGCGCAACAAGACGGCGCUGCCCAAGGUCGCCCAAAAUGAGUGGGGUCUCAGGCUGCCCAGCGAGCGCUUCGUGCUGAGCGGCGUGAGCUGGGGGCUCAAGGACGUGUGGGAAGAGGCGGGCAUCGACGAGGACGACGAGGACGAGAGUGAAGACGGUACCGGCGCGCCUGUUGGUGACGGUGCGAUGGAGGGAGUGGAGGCGACGAACGUCACUGCCGAUGAGGAUAUUGGCGGUGACGGCGUCGAGGGCGGCACGAUGGAGGAUGUAUUUGGCAAGGACGUCGACGAGGACGCGGAGAUGGAGGGCACGUCUCAGUGAGGGCGGUGUCACGUACGUCCACCCGAUUUUC